CGAAAUAUGGCCAUCCGCCUUACCACCCUUCUCACCCACAACACGCCACCGAUCCAACGCCCAAAGGUCCAUGUCUCUCCAAGAAUGGAUAGCUGCGGCCUUUACAUAUCUGGCCCUGGUCUUUUUGGCAGCCAGCGGCGUCGGGACCGCCGUCAUUGUCUUGUAUAGACUGUUCCUCCACCCCCUUGCCAGUGUCCCCGGCCCCCGGUGGGCGGCCAUCUCAAGCUUCUGGUACGCGAUGCAAGUGCGGGACGGCCGUAUGCUUGUGCUCGGAAAGACGCUCCAUAAAAAAUACGGCCCGGUUGUAAGGGUGGCCCCCAAUGAGGUCUGGUUUGACAGUCCAGAGGCCUUCAGGGUCAUAUACCGAGCUGGUAGCGGAUAUCAGAAGUCUGAUUUCUAUUUGGCCACGAUACUGCAAAGACCUACAAUGGAUUGGUGUCUUCGAAUACACUUCCCAGACACUCUCGAUUUCCUCUCUGAGCGAAAUAUUGAUCGAUACCGUCUGCAAAGACGACUGGUCGGACCACUAUACCGCAUGGACAGCGUCCAGAAGUACGAGGACGCUGUCGACGGCGUCCUGGAGCGAGUCGUCGCCCGCAUCCACUCUCUCGAUGGCGCCGAGGUCGAUCUGAAGGAAUGGAUGCACAUCAUCGCGGUCGAGUGUCUCGGCGCGAUCGUGCUCUCCUGGUCUCCUGGCUAUCUGAGGGAUAAGACUGACUGGGGCACCAGCAGUCACGGCUACCUCAGCUGGAGGCGCAAGAGCGUCUUUGGCUUAUUCCCUGUCAUCGUCAAGGCGGAGCUCAUAUCAAAGAAAGCCAGCCAUGCGUUUGCCAGGAUGAUGGGACUGACGUACAGGAGCAGAAAGGAUCUAAAGCCGUUCUUCCCGGGUGUAUAUCGGCAUUCUUCACGUCGGAUCGCGAAUGCGUUGAACUCGAAACCCACAAAAUCCUCCAAGCCCCCCAAAGCAGCACCCAAGGAUGCGCGCGAGGAUCUCCUAGCUGAUCUGAUCAAACUCCACAAGGAGAAACUCGAGUUCAACGAGACAUACUUACGGCGCAUGGCCGUCACAAACUUUGGCGCCGGCCACGAGACCAUGUGCUCAGCAUUAACUUCGAUCAUGGCCAUGAUCGGAUCGCGGCCAUCCGUGCAGCGGAGAGUCGCCGACGAGAUCCGCAGCGCCGUCGACCCCGCCCGCUUCGACAACGCGAUUUUUUUGCGCUACACCCAAGCCGUCAUCAAGGAGGCCCAGCGCCUCCACUCCGUGCUCGGCAUGUCGCUCUCCCGCACCGUGCCGCCCGAAGGCCUCCGCGUCCACGGCUACUUCUUCCCUGCCGGCACCACGGUAGGCUGUAACCCCGUGGCGCUCCAUCGGAACCCGGAAAUCGUCGGCGCCGACGCAGACGUCUUCGAUCCGGACCGCUGGCUGGGGGAUCCGGAGUUGCGGAGGCGCAUGGAGCGGUACAAUCUCACCUGGGGCGGCGGCGGGCGGACUUGUCCCGGCCGCCAUCUGGCAUACCUCGUGCUGUACAAAGUGGUUCCUACGCUUCUUCGGGAGUUUGAGCUCGAGGUUACUUUGCCGCCGGAAGAGGAGGUUCGUUAUUACUUCAUGGCCAUGUUGACGGGGGUCAAGGCGCGGUUUCGUCCCCGAGGAGAUGCCGCGUCACAACAGAAGCAAACAUCCAGGUGAAAGAUUGGCAUCGGUGACCAUAUGGCUGCUAUAGGAAGGCAAAGAUAGUGAGAGAACAUCCAAAUCUCGUGGGAUCUUAUGCUCAUUCAUGACUUGAGCCUCCGUGGCUCGCCACGUUCGUAAAGCUUGACGCCUUGGGGCUUGAGUUUAUUCGAGUGGCGUCUUUUAAUGACGAUGUACCAAUGUACUCCGUAAUGUGUGGAUAGCCCGGAAUCCGGGG